GACUACUGUGAGUGUAGUCGUUCAAGAAUUGUGUCACGUGAUCUAUCGGUAGCAGAAGCAAGAUGGCAGCCACCAUUCACUAUGGAAGCGAAAGGACCGAGGCAAACCUUGCGGCUAUUAAAAGCGAUAUGCUGACACUGGAUAAAUUUGAAAAUGAGCAAUUUUCACAGUUAGUUCAAAUGAUGUUCGCCUUUCUUCUGGACCCUAAUAAGUCCUCCCAGCUCUUCACACAACUGGAAACAUUUGCAGAAGAAAAUGGAGCCAAUUUUACUGCUUUGAAGUCUGUCUUUAAGAGUCUUAUCACGAUUCCAAAUGAUGCUUUAAGAAGGGGCGUGGCACCAGCCACCUUUCAGGAAGAACUAAUCAGUUUUGGAUUGUCACAAGAGAAAGCUGAAUACUUUACAGAACAGUGGAAGAAGAAUAUGGCCAGUCUAUCUGCUACAGCCCUUGGUCAAACAUUGAUGGUUAAUCAAUUAGUGGACAUGGAUUGGAAAUUUGGAGUGACCUUAUCCAGCAGUGAGCUCAGCAAAGUCGGCAACACCUUUAUACAGUUGAAACUUGUCGUCAGUAAUGGCAAAGGAGAAUUAAACACAAUAUACAUGGAGCUCAGUCUUCAGCAAUUCUAUUCAUUCCUUCACGAGAUGGAACGAGCGAAAGCCAGCCUGGAAAUGUUGAGUUAGCUCAGGCCACUCCUCAAUAUGACCACCACCACUGCUGCUGAUUUAGCAUUGCUGUCACCAACACUAACACUGCCACCACAACCUACACCACCACCAAUGGCAGGAAACAUUGCUAUACAAAAUGGUACCGCUUCACUGUUAAUCUGCCUCUGCUGUUACCGUGGUUACAUCGUGUAGAAAACUGCAAUGUUCAUAUGUAUACAUCCUACUCACAUCUAGCAAAGGUCCCAAUUUGUCCCAGGACACGGCGGUGGGUGUGGUUGUGGUGGCGAUGGUGGUGGUGCACCAGAUAGCCAAAGAUUGGUACUGAUUCUGUUAAGGGGUUUGUAAAUGAAUGCUGCUAACGAUGGACCUAAUCGUAUGUAAAUGUUGGAGGACGAACAGACAAGCCUUAACAAAUAACCUGGACGACACGAUUUUGAAUAUAUAUAUUUAUAGUAUGAUUUAUAUAUGAAUGUAUAUAUAUACACACAGAUAUAUAUAUAGAUAUAAAUAAAUAUAUAUAUGUAUGUAUGUUUGUAUGUAUAUAUAUAUGAUUA